UUUCAGCAUCCAUCAGAUGCCCAAGUUUCAGAUAUUCGAACUGUGAAUUUUCUGCCUCGUUCAAUAUUCGGACGUUGUGUAGCGUUAUGCGCUUAUGUACGAAUGUGUUUAGCCGCGGUAUACGUUUGCUUGAAUGUGCAGUCGGAUUUGAUAUUUUGCGAUUCGAUAUCUGCGUGCCUGGUUGUGUUCCGUUUGUUCAGAUUGUUCGGUCUAUGCCAAGCGCCGCUCUUUUUUUAUUGUCAUUUUCCGGAUUUAUUAUUGACCGAACAUCAAGGAUUCUUCAAGAGACUCUAUCGAUACGUAGUGGAUCGGUUAGAGGGUUGGAGCAUAGGAAUGGCUGAUCUGAUUUGUGUGAAUAGUAAUUUUACGAAGGGUGUUGUCGCCGAAACAUUUCCACAUUUGGACGCGACUAAACUCAAAGUUUUAUAUCCAACGCUUAAUACGAAGUUCUUCGAUAGUGCACCAGAAACAGAACUGGAAGACGUGCCGUCCAGUGCGAAAUAUCUGUUCGUUUCGAUCAAUCGGUAUGAGCGGAAGAAAAAUAUCAAGUUGGCAAUCGAUGCGUUCGCCGAAUUGAAAUCGUUGAUAAGCGACGAUCUAUAUCGCGAAUGUUAUUUGGUGAUCGCGGGUGGGUUCGAUAAGCUGAACGAGGAGAAUCUGUUGCAUCAUCGUGAACUGAAGGAGUAUUCUGUUGAUGCGGCCAUAUCGACGAAACAGAUUGCGUUCUUGAGAUCGCCGUCUGACAGUGUAAAAAUUGAGCUGUUACGUCGUUCGACAGCCGUUUUGUACACACCGUCGAAUGAGCAUUUCGGCAUAGUGCCGGUAGAAGCGAUGUAUAUGCGAAGUUGUGUGAUUGCGGUCAAUUCGGGUGGACCGAACGAGUCGAUCGAGAACGGUUCGAGUGGGUUUUUGGUGGAGUCGAAUGCGAGGGCGUUCGCCGAAGUGAUGGCCAAAUUGAUUAGAGGCGAACUGAACAGGCAAGAGAUCGGUGAAGCGGGUAGAAAACGUGUGCAAUCGUUGUUCACUUUCGAGCAAUUUUCGAGAAAACUUGAAACUUUAAUGCAAUCGCUGGUUUAA